AUGGGAAACCAAGAGCAAGAUCAAGAAGGUGCCAGUGCAGAUCACAGGAACCAGGAGAGACUGGAGGGUAGUAACGCCCCAAGUAGACCGGAGCAACAAAACAUAAGCCUCCAAACCCUCAUGGAUGCGACUCCGCCUAUUGUCGCAGAGAUGGCCUUCCCUACAACGCUGAAGGGUGCUACGAGAAUUUGGUUCAGUCGGUUAACGCCUGGCUCAAUCAGUACUUUCAAGGAGCUGAGCGCUAAGUUCACUUCGCACUUCAUUGGAGGACAUAGGUACAAGAAGUCAAUUGCAUGCCUAAUGAACAUUAAGCAGCGGGAGGACGAAACGCUGAGAUCCUACAUAACCCAUUUCAACAAAGAGGCCCUCUCAAUUGACGAAGCGGACGACAAGAUACUCGUGGAAGCAUUCACUAAUGGGCUACGAAAGGGUAAGUUUCUAUUUUCUCUAUACAAUAACGAUUCAAAGACCAUGUCGGAAGUGCUUUACAGGGCUAGCAAGUAUAUGAACGCGGAAGACGCAUUGCUGGCCCGCGAGGAUAAGCCCAGAAAAAGGGAAAGGCAGGAGGACACAAGACAGGAUAGAGGGCGCAAAGUGGCUAGGACCGAAGAACGACGAGAUGAUAGACGCUCCAAACCCCCCACUGGGAGAUUCACAAGCUUCACCCCGUUAACCGCCCCAAUAGAUCAAGUCUUGAUGCAAAUCAAAGACGAAGGAACCCUGACAUUCCCAGGUAAGUUGAAGAGAGAUCCCAGUAAAAGAACAAGGGAUAAGUAUUGCCGCUUCCAUCAAGACCAUGGUCACGACACAGCUGACUGCUAUGAUCGAAAACAACAGACAGGGGAAACUACAGAGGUUCGUGAGCAAGGAGAAAGCAAAUCCGCCCCAAAAGCAAACCCCACGACGAGAGAAUGA